CAGUGGACUGGAUACCAGUCAUCGUUCGUUUACUACUAAGAAAAAGGGCUUGUUGUUAGCCUGCACUUUAGCUUCAGACUUGGAGCUAUUGGUUUUUAGAAACAAUGGAUCAGAAGAUUCCCUAUGAUGACUAUCAGCUCCCAGUGGUAUUCCUGCCUUCUUAUGAGAACCCACCAGCAUGGAUAGCCCCACAAGAGCGGGUUCUUCACCCGGACUACAACAAUGAGCUCACCCAGUUCCUGCCUCGUACCAUUGUGUUGAAGAAACCUCCAGGAGCACAGCUGGGCUUUAACAUCCGUGGGGGCAAGGCGUCCCAGUUGGGAAUCUUUAUAUCCAAGGUGGUUCCAGACUCAGACGCCCACAGAGCAGGGCUGCAAGAGGGCGACCAGGUUCUUUCUGUGAAUGAGGUCGAUUUCCAAGACAUAGAGCACUCAAGAGCUGUGGAGAUUCUGAAGACUGCACGAGAGAUACUGAUGAGGGUUCGCUUCUUUCCUUACAACUACCAACGGCAGAAGGAGAGGACUGUACAUUAGGUGGCAGCAAAGAGAGAGUUGGACAGCGGCGUCUCUGCACGUCAUUUCCCCACCUACAGACUCUGGCUUCCUUUCUGUCUCAGCUUCAAGAUAACCGAUGUAUGACUGCUGCCUCAUUCAACGUGCUCCAUGUGAGAACAUAUUCUCUGUUAAAUAUUGGUUUCCUCUCUCACCCAGAUAUCUGAGCGCUCCCUUAUCUACUCUGAUACAUGAUUUCUACUCCAACAGGAUGUAUUCACAGGGAGUGAAUGGAGUUACCGUAGCAGAAGCUCAAUAUACAUACGUAUAUAUUUCACAUUAUAAAUUAUGAAACUGAUACCUAUUUUUCUAUUACAGCAUAGGAUUUAUAGACCAUGCAUACUUUAAUAACACAUUGUCUUUAUUCUUCUUUUUUUUAAAGUCCUAUAAUAACCUGUUUCUACUGUUAUCCUAGGCAUAUUUUGAUCAAAUACAGAGUAGCGCUUAAUUGUACUGUACACAUUUGCCUUGAUGACAGCAUUUUUGCCAGAUAUAAAAUAGAGACACGUAUACUCUCAGUUACUAGUGUUUUAGGGGCACCUAGCUAAAACUAUUGAACUCCAAUACAUAGCUCAGCAAUAUAUCCAACCAUCAUGAAAUAUAGGUUUAGAUUUAUGUUUAAAACUGUUUGAUAAAACCAUUUCAACUCAUGAUCCAUUUACUGACUUUUCCUGGAGCUUUCAACUGCAAAUCACAGCUCUGUUUUUUUCUAAUGUUUCUUAUAUUAAUAAACUGGCAGCUGAGUGUAUGUACUGUACGUGUAAAACAUUUUACAUAUUAUUUGGAUUUACAGAGAAAGCGUGGCACUAUGGACUGUAAGAGCAAAUGUAAAUGCAAGACUUCUGGUACAUCUAGACAUAUAAAUCACUGAAUACUGUGCAUCCAGUUUUUAAAUAUUUAACAGAUUUAUAAUUAUUUAGGGAAAUUAAGUUGUGUAAAUAGUGUACAGACGGCUUUUGUGGGCGUUUAUUAAAUACUGAAUACUCAAA